AUGGCAGACAAAAAGCCCUCAGACCCAACACAAACAAACCCGCGGGGCAUUCCUGUGGCUCCCUUCGUCGACAACGUCUCCGACUAUGUCUCCUCCCGCGCAGACGUCGAACCGACGAUGCGCUCAUUUCAAGAAAUGAUUUCAAAGUACCAAUUCAUGGAAGUCAACACCUCGCGGCGCGCUGCCGGGCUGCGCGAGAAGAUCCCCGAUAUUAAGAAAACGCUGGAGAUGGUCACGUUCUUGAAGGCGCGGAAAGAAAGUUCGUCUGCGACACCGCUCGAGACAAAUUUCGAGCUGAACGAUACGCUCUAUGCGCGUGCGACCGUCGACCCCGCACAUACGGAAGAGGUGUAUCUUUGGCUAGGAGCUAAUGUUAUGCUGGCUUAUCCGAUUGCGGAGGCGCAGGCAAUGUUGGAGGACAAGUUGGCGGCUGCGGAGCAGAGUCUAGCAAACUGUGAUGAAGAUUUAGAGUUUCUGAGGGAGCAGAUUACGACGUUGGAGGUUGCUACAGCGCGCGUGUAUAAUUGGGAUGUGGUGCAGAGGCGGAAAGAGAGGGCUGAGGGUAAGGAGGAGACCUCAUAA